AUGGAGAACAUGCCUUGGAUCAAUCAGUUUCACAAAACACCCAACAGGGAAUGCUUUGAAACAGAUGCGGUGCUCAGGGUCAGCUUGGGUAAUUUUUUGUUUUUCACCAUCCUUUCAUUUUUAAUGAUUGGUGUGAAAAAACAUAAAGAUCCUCGUGAUGGAUUGCACCAUGGUGGAUGGAUGAUGAAAAUUUUCUGCUGGUUCAUUUUAGUUAUUUUGAUGUUUUUUGUUCCUAAUGAGAUUAUCAACUUUUAUGAGAUGAUUUCAAAGUUCGGCUCAAGAUUGUUUCUUUUGGUUCAAGUUGUUCUUCUACUUGACUUCGUUCAUGGAUGGAAUGACAAAUGGGUUGGAUACGAUGAGCAGUUCUGGUACAUUGCUCUGUUUGUUGUUUCACUUGUUUGCUAUUUGGCGACAUUUGACUUUUCGAGACCUCUUUUCCACUGGUUCACUCCAUCUGGUUCACUCGUGGUAUUUAUAAAUCACUAUGUUUUGGUUGUUUCUAUUGCUACGCAUCAUGUUCUUGUUCUUGUAUCGUCGAUACGAACAUUCAGUGUAGAGUUCAGUAACUGUAACCCCUUCUGUUUCUGGUUUCCCCUGAUAAGUGGAACCAAGGAAACCCCUUCUGUUUCUAGAUUGCAUUUCAAUAAAUCAAGGAAUGAUACCAUAAGGGGCAGAAAACCAUCAAUGGUUAUGGUGCCAUUCGCAUUUUCAAAUUUGCAAAAGCUUUUCCGGUACAUGUUCAUGUUGGAUACAUGUAUGUGUCGAACUCAAUGCUAUUUGGAUGAUGCUCUCAACCAAUUUUGA